AGAAAAUCCAAGUCAGUGGUUGCCUGUUCUGGAGUUCUUAGUAAGCACUUCCUGCUGGCUGAAAGUUAAGUACUUUUGAAAACAGGACUGAAAUGGAAGUGAUUGCCUUCAGUUGUGUUGCAAGAAAAGAAAACUGCUGAGUUAGUGUACUUGAAACUCUUUUAAAAGGCAUAUCCCAGAUCUUCCUCAAGCAAAACAGGGAGAAUAUUUAUUUACCACAUUUCAACCAAAAAAGUUCCAAAAACACUUUAUGCAGAAAGAUGAAGAAAAUGGUUAACUGAGAGCCCAGCUGUGGCAGCAUCUCUUACAAGAUGGUAAUAGCUUUGGUGUGUCAAGCGGGAUAUAGAAGCAUUCCCUCUCUGUGUUACCGGUUACAUUCUACUUACGUCAGGAGAAUGAGAUACCUGUUUCAGCUAAAAGAAGAUGACGAGGCUUGUCGGCAGGCUUAUCACGCGGGGACUUUCUUCCUAUUUUACAACAACUUGCCGUUCUUGCAGCAAGAAGGCAAAAUGUUCUUGGCUCCAAAGAUAAAUGGAGCAGAAAUUAAAAAGAUUCUAGAGCAGUUCAGGCAGAGUGAAGAGAAGAUAGAGGAUUCGUUGCUGAUUGGCUGUUCAUAUGAGUGUACACCAUACUUUGCUUUGGAUCUAGGAUCCUUGGAGCGAGCUGCCAUUGAAUCUGAACUCAAUGGAUCAUUUGUAGACUUAUGGAAAGCUUUCUUCCAGUUACGAGAAGAGGAUGCAUCUUUGAUCUCCACGGCUCAGGCUCUCCUUCACUGGCAUGACAACCACCAGUAUUGUGGCAAAACUGGGCAACCUACAAGGAAGAACCUGGCUGGGAGCAAACGAGUUUGCCAGGGAAGUGGACUAAUCUGUUACCCACAAAUGUCUCCAGUAGUUAUCACUUUGGUGUCCGAUGGGAGCCAAUGCCUUCUUGUACGGCAAGCAUCAUUUCCUCAAGGGAUGUACAGUGCUUUGGCUGGCUUCUGUGAUGUGGGUGAGAGUCUAGAAGAGACAGUCCGGCGGGAAGUGGCUGAAGAGGUGGGCUUGGAGGUUGAGUCUCUGUGGUACUCUGCUUCUCAGCACUGGGCAUUCCCAAACAGCUCAUUAAUGAUCGCUUGCCAUGCCCUGGUGAACCCACAAAAAAACAAGAUCAGUAUUGACCGACAAGAGAUAGAAGCCGCCAAGUGGUUUAGCCAUGAGGAGGUGGUGAUGGCCCUUGGAAGAAAGCCACAGUCUUCCAUAGAAAAGGAUGACGGUUCCUCCUUUUGGGUGCCUCCUAAGCAAGCCAUAGCUCACCAGUUGAUUCAAGAGUGGGUUAAGAAGCAUGCUGCUGUGCCUGCAUAGAGAUGACGGUUCAACCAAUUCCAGGGGUGGGGAAACUAGUGCCCGUACUAAUUUUAAAAUUGUUGCCCUAGUUUAAGCAUCCCUCCAUGUUUGACUUUUUCCUAGAAUGUUUGCUGGAAGAGCAGGAUGUACCACAUAGCAUUUCUGUCUCGGCUCAGAAAUUUGGAUCUCGCCUGGGGUGGAUUUGGGAUAGGGAGUGCUGCUGGUUGAGGAAAGGUCUGCCUGUCAGUGUCCCACAACUAGGCACCAAGUAAUUUGUCUGAUAAAACCAACGACCACCAGUCUCUUCACAACACAGUGCUGUUGCAUCAAAAACGAAUUCAUUAGUUUGCUAACCUAUGAGCUGUCAGCAUCGAAAAAGGCUCUGCCAUCUCUGAGUAUUACUGGAUCAUGUUUGCACUCAUCAGGACUAGCAUGAUAUAAAUGUGUAGGCGUGUCCUCCACAAUAUCUUGAGCUGCAAUAAUCUGUAAGUUUAUUACAGAUUAGUUCCAGCAUUUGUGAUUGCUUCACUUACUCAGUCAGCUGGGUAUUAUGAAACUAGGAUUUUGCUGAUAUCCGCAAAACAAAGCUGUGCUAAUGUCUUGCAGUAAAAACAGCAAAUAACCAUUUGGUAUAUUAAAGGCUAAUAUGCUAAUAGGAUCCUAUGGGGUUUUGGGGAAAAUGUUAAUCACCCGCUUGCCCAUUUCUUUUGUGGUUGGGUGGUAAGUAGCACCCAUCAUGUCCUACCACCCACCCACUUUGGAAUCCCUAGGAGCUACCCAUGGGGAACAAUGGGGUGUCUCAAAUUUCCUCAUUGUUCCCUAUGACCGAAACACUUGAAACGUUUUGAGUUGUUUCAUUGAAACAGAUGGUUUGACCAUUGUUUAGUAGGGAUGUGCAUGGAACUGGUUCGACGAUGGGGGAUGUCCAACUUUAAGAGCCGGGGAGGGUGCACUUACCCCUCCCGCAGCUCUCCCCCCACUGGUGCCCGUUUUAAUCAAAUCCCAUCAGGGCUGCAGUGUACCUCCCUGCUGCCCUGUUGCCCCCAUUGUCCGGAUAUGAUCGGAAGUAUCGGGCACGUGUACGUUGUGUCCGGGGCGUGCCCGCACUGGCACGUGCAGGUGCAUCAGAUACUUCUGGUCAUAUCCGGGCAAUGGGGCUGCAGGGAGGUACGCUGCCGUCCCAAUGGGAUUUGACUAAAAUGGACAC